AUGUAUGCGAGCACGAUGACAAUUGAGGCUCGACGGUUAUUCUCAGCCUACUGGAGUUUUGAUCUCCAGGCAUUAUUAAAAUGGCAAUUUGCUCAUAUCACACCAAAAGACCAUUUCCACAAAGUAGACCAGAUUAUCCUACGUACCAUAAUUAAGGUUGGGCUAGUUUCUCAACGUCUGCUAGAACAGCAAAGUGUAUUGGUCAAAAUGCAUAGGGUCGAGCGUCAGUGUCGACAUUUCGGUCUCAUCUACUGUGAAUUGGUCACCCAAGCCGAUGAAGGCAUCAGUCCUUCCCCCUCUUCUUCCUCCUCCAACUCCCCAGCAAAAACUCCCACUCCCGAUUUGAGUAUCCUGCUAAGCACCUUGAAAAAACUUCAAGAAGGUCUCAAUGCUCUUGUUCAAGGCCAACUCAGUGAUAGAUCCAUAAAUCAGAUGAAUGAGGUCUUUGGGGAGCUUCAGGAUCCAUCCCUUUGGAACCGUAUCCUUGAUCGAGCCAAUUCGACCCCUCAUGAAUGGAACCUGGCAGUGAAACUACGUGAUUCAUUUCACAAUAUUAUUGAAGCAAAACUUCUAUGA